AUGACCAUCUCUAACAAGCCGGAUGUUACUACCAUCCCAGAUGAACCACUGUUCCGGCGGAUGGUAGACAAUGCCACCGAGCGACCAUCUCACGUCGUCAUCUCCGACAAAAGCAUAGGCGUCGAGGCUGACAGCAUGAGGAUCUUUGCCGAUCUCCUGCACAUGAGAAAUGCCAUUCGGCAACAUGAAGCCUCGGCUGACGCAUAUAUCAGCGUUCUGAUGCCCAUUAACUAUGAAUUUGUCAUUGCAAUUCUGGCCGUGCUCGCCUCGGGAUUCGGUUCCACAGCGGAGUAUGCAAUCAGCUUGAGGAGACGUUGCGGAUCUACCUGUCUGGUCUACGGCGCUCUCGAACAGAACUUUGCCAUUGAGAUGGAGCAGCAGGCUUCUGCCCAGGGGUUUCCCAUUCAGAUCAUUGCCUUCGAAAGCUCUACUGAACCUCUUCCCCUCCAUAUCGAGGACCUUAAUAUUCGCCUGGACACAGAGGCCCCCACCGACCCAGACCGUCCUGGAAUGCUGGUAUACAGCAGUGGAACGACAGGCGAGAAACCCAAGGGAAUCAUGCACAACCGACGCUUUCUCGACCGACCCGGACAUCUCCCGCCCCAGGCAAUUUUCCUCAUGGUGGCCGACCCGAUACAAGCGAUCAGUUCAUUCAAUAUCCUAAUUAUCCCUCUGUCAACGAGGUGUCAGUUACGCUUCAUCUCUCGCGCCGACGGAGUCGCCGAGAUCUGA